AGAAAAAGUUUACGUCAUUAUUUUGACACUUGACCCUUGACCACCGCGGUGGAAACAAAAAUUUGGAAAACACGUACUGACCUGCACAAAAAAGAGGAGAAAAUGUCCAAGCCAACAAAUUCGAGCUCAAUUUAUAUGGCAAAUCUUGAUUAUGGAAUGGAUGAACAGUUUGUCAGAGGACUGUUUGAAGGUUACGGAGAAAAAGUAGUGUAUGUUAGAGUCAUCAGAAAAACUAGACCAGAGGGAAGUAGUUAUGCAUAUUGCUUUGUAGAUUUUGGCAAUAAAGAGACAGCAACGAGAGUGUUACGUCAAUACAAUAACCAGCCCAUUCCAGGAAUGCCAAAUAAAAGAUUUCGCUUGAACCAUUGCCAGGGACGUGGAGAUGCUCAAUCAAGCUUAAGACCAGAAUUUUCAAUAUUUGUUGGAGACCUAUCACCUGAGGUCGAUGACCUGAUGUUGCAUGAUUUCUUUGCUGAACGCUACAAAGAUGUCAAAGGCGCCAAAGUUGUUCUUGAUGAUCAAGGCAUUCCAAAAGGAUUCGGAUUUGUAAGGUUUUUCAAUGAAGAUGAAAGGAACAAAGCGUCUGUAGAAAUGCAAGGUUCAACAGGUCUUGGUAGCAAGCCACUUAAGAUUAGUGUAGCAACUCCCAAAAGUAGAGCCUAUGAACACAAUAGACAACAGGCAAAUUAUUAUGGCAACAACCAAUAUGGACAGCAGUACAACCCAGGGCAGUGGAACCAGCAGUGGCAACAGCAGGGUGGUGGUGGUGACUAUGGCAAUCAGUACUACGGCCAGGGAGGGGGAGAAGGUGAGUGGUCGGCAAUGAACUAUGAACAGUAUUACAGCUACCAAGCCCAGGGAGACAUGUCAAAUCAGAUGACAGAUCAAGCCAAUGCUGGCACAGAACAAGCAGCAGAGGAACAAACUGACAAAGAUGACCAACUACUUUUGGAACAUGGUCAGGCUGCCACUGAUAUGGAAACGUUAGACGAGGAAUUCAUGAAGCAAAAUUCUGGUGAACUUUACAGAGCUAUGCAGAAGUCGAGGUGGCAUCCAGUCGACACUUAUCUAGUCACAAUGUCUUAAUACAUUAACUUAUUUCAUCUUUCUUCAAUUGAAACUUUUAUAACUUACUUUGGAAAGAUAGAAAACCAAGCGAUUUCUUAUAUACGAACGGAAAGCCACUGGAAAUAAUUCAUGCAGGCAGUGUUUUUUUCAUAUCUGACAGAUGUUUGUACAUUUGUACUGUGUUCAAAAGGGAAAAACAAGUGAUUUCUUAUAAACAAACUGGAAAUAUUUCAUGCAGGCAGUGUUUUUUUUUUUUUUUUUAUUAUUAACUAUGAGAAACAAAAUAAAAAAUUUUUUACAAAAAAUAUACUAAAUGUAUUGUUGUUUCACUUUAUUUACAAUGCUUGACUAAGUAAAAUAUGAAGUAAUUCAAUUGCACAGAAAAUAUUUUACAUAAUACAACUAAAAAUGCCACCACCACUCAUUCAAUUUCACUGAAUACUUUACAUUAGCGGAAUACAAAUUGCAUGUGCAAGGUUUAAUAAGACCUGCAUUAAAGUGCACAGAUAAUACUACAAACCUAGUCAUGUUAGACUUACAAUAAAUAUUAAUUUAACAAGACAAAUAGACUAAUGAGACUGGCAAUGCUUGUACAAAGUAUCAAUCAAAUGUUUGUCCUCUUGUGAGUGCUCCACACACAGCAACAAUAUUAUUAAAUUUACCAUUUAUCCCUGAGUAAAACUUACUAUUACUUACUAUUAUGCCUAACUGAUGGGAGAGAGUCAAUGUAAAAUUAUUACAUAGAGAAAUUCAGGAGAUACAAAUCAGAAGUACAAAUUACAGUAUAAUGUGUUAACUUAAUAAUUAAAUUAAUAGUAGACCUGAAGCAGAAUGAGUAUUGCAUAGCAGAGAUAUUGAACCUAAAAUAAAUAAAUUCAUUUUAUAAUGCUGGAGAACUAGUGGAAAGGUUAAAAUAUUACAUAGACGGAUAUCAUAGGAGAGCCAACUCGGGAACAUGUUAUAAUUCAUCAGUAUUGCAUAACAGAUUUAAUAAAGAAGCCAAAGAAGAGGUA